AUGGCGACCACUUUGUACGGUCCUUCCCAGUUGGCCCCCAAAGUGCUUGCCGAUCGGUCUCGGGUGGCGAGUUGUAGGGCGCUACCGCGCUGCUCGUUGCUGAUAUGUGGUGAGUGUUAUUUUAGCGUGAGUCCUCCUAUCCUCUACAAGGUCGAGGUCGAGGUUACGCUGCUCGGUGUUCUGCUGAGGGUCGAAAUGCGCCACACGAUGGGUCGGUCAGCCAAUUUCGACUGGUAUAACGGCCUCAGAACCAUAGGCUAG